AUGCACAGAAUCGGCAUCAACGUUGUUGAUCUUUCGAGAGCAAUUGGCGAGGCUUUCGCUGUCAUCCAUGUCGACUACAACAGAGUGGGAACGGAAGGUCUGAACAUGGCCGACAACAUGCUCGAGCCCGAGGUUCGAAAGUUCAUUCCGAGCCCCCUGAAUAGUCCAACCCUGUAUAAGAUCUUCAAGGACGCUUACAUUGAGCAUGCGAAGAAGAGUCUAGGUGACGAAUGCAGCCCACUUCCAUGCAAUGUCAUGAAGCACUAUGAGAGGCUUGCCGCCAGGCAGCUUCUGUAA